CUCAGGGCGCCCCAGGCCGCGGGCGGCCCCGCCCCCUCAGGGACCCUGGGAGGCGGCGGGCGCGGAGCGCGGGCCUCCGGGGUCCCGACCCUCGAGAGGAUCUCCCACACCCAUCCCCCGAGUCGCCCUCACAGGCCGCUUCUCGAGCUUCUCUCCGAAAUUCUUGCCCCUCGGGGUGGCCGGGGGGCCUGGCAGCAGCCUAUCUCGUGACCCCCCCAGGUGUACCUCGGACACCUCCCUGGAGGGCACGCCCACAGACCCCCCGAAUCCGCCCGAAGCCCUCUGUACCUUUCCGCGGUGCGAAAGGCUUCCCGAGAGGCCACCCCUGAUAUUUCCACGUCUGCUCCAGACCCCGUCCUACGCCUCAAAUAUCUUCCUCAGAGAACCCCCGUCUGGUCCCAGAUCCCCGAACCUCCUCCGUCCAGAAAUAUUUCCCCGGGGCCACUCCUCAUAUUCCAACGAUAUGUAUCAGAUAUCUUCUCCAGGAACCUCCCUCGUAAGCCCUAAAAAUCUCCUUCAGAUCAGAGAUUCCCCGAAAUCCCCUCCAGACCCUGUACAUUCCAGAAAUCUCCCCCAGCGACCUGCUUCGCACAUCCCAACAGUCUCCCCCAGACUUCCUUCUCACACAUCCCAAGAAUUUUCCCUCCCACCUACCCCCAUACCAGAAAUCGCCUUGGAGAUUUUCCACUCAGAGCCCCCAAAUCUCAGAGCCCCUCCCCUUGGAAUCCUCCAGAAUGCCCCUGAUGUCCCCUGAAAAUCUUCCUCAGAGACUCUCUGAAAUGGCCUCGGAUCCUCAAAACUCACUUGGAGCGCCCCCCCCCCCCCGCCGCCACCAAUCCAUCUCCCAUAUACACUCCCCCUUGACAUAUCCCGAAAGUCAUCCCUUUGGCCUCUCCCACAGGUCCCAAAAAUCUCUCUCAAAGACCUCCUCAUGCUUCUCAAAUCUCACCACCCUGAAAUGCCCUAGAGAUCACCCUCAGAUACCCCAGAAAUCUUCCCCUGAGACCCUCCUCACUUAUCCCAGAAAUCUUCUCCAGAGAUUCCCUGAAAUCUCUGGAGAACUCUUCUUCCACAUUCCACAAGUCUCUUCCAAAACCCUUUUUAUGUAUCCCAAAUCUCCUAGUAACCCACACAAAAUGUUACAGAAAUUGCUUCCUCAGGAUUCCAAAACGUUUCCUCAUAGUUUCUCUCUGAUAUUUUCUAGAAUCGCUCUUCGAAUCCCCCUUUCAAAAUCUCUCCUUCUAGACCUACUUUCAGAUGAACUUUCCUCCUCACAAGCCCUGUAAACCCUAAGACCCUCUCUUCACGACCCCUCUGAGAUGCAGCUUUUCAAGACCUCCUCCUGUCUUCACAGAGACCCCAGCCACCUCCUUGAGCCCUCUGAGAUAUGCCCUUGAAAUCCCUCCCAGAGACCCUUCCAGCACAGAGACCCUUGAAUCAGCACUUAAGAGACCUCCUGCCUUACUAAGAGACUUUUCCUAGAUAGUUCCCUCCCUGAACUCACCCUCACAGCUUCCCUCAAAUCCUCUAGAACCACCUGUAGAAGACCCCCAGCACCAACCGGCUCCUUUUCUUAGAAAGUCCCAGAAUUGUUUUUUGAAAAACCCUCUACUGUGAUGUUCCCAUAUUCCCCCACCCCAAGACCCACCUUCCCCGUAUAUCCUAUUGAGACCUUUACUCAGAGUUUCUCAUCUGAGCUCUUUGAGAGCUGUUCCUAAAAAGGCCUCUGUCAUCCUGCUCCAGUAAAUCUAAGAUCUCUCACAGAAGACCACACCUCCACAGACUCCCUUUAGAGAAUUUUCUCCAAAAUUGCUGUGCAUCAGCAACUCCAGCAGUUUGUAAGACUUCCUCAGAACACUCUCUCUCAGGUUCUCCCUCUGACAUCCCCAAGAAACCUUAUUCAGGGCCCUAUCAGAUAUACCCCUUUUAGAACCCCCAUUUACACCCUCUCAUCUCCUCCAUUCUUUCUUCUGCAAUCAACUUAGAGAUCCUUCUCAGAUCUGAGCCUCCUUCCCCCAUUAUCCCACCAUAGGCCCCCAGCAUCCUGCAGACUCCUCCUCUCAAGAGUCUCUAUGUCCCCUUUUAUUAAACAGAUCCUCAAGAGAUACCCUCACCUCUUGAAAUCCCAACUCUCAGAGAUCUUUCUCUCAGACCAUUUUUCUUAGGUUCUAUCUUCAUAGACCCCUCCUCCCUUUAGAUCUUCCCUUCAGAGAGAUGGAGAGACCCUUAACACCUUCCUUAGACUCUUUUUUUUUUUUAAGGUUUUUAUUUUUUUGGCUGCGCUGCAAGGCUUGUGGGAUUUUAGUUCCCUGACCAGGGAUUGAACCCAGGCCCUCAGCAUUGAGAGCAUGGAGUCCUAACCACUGAACCGCCAGGGAAUUCCCACCCUCCUUAGACUCUCCUUGAAGACUCCCCUGAUUUUCCUCUCUGAAGCCUUCUCCUUCCUUUUUCCACUUUGAGGGCCUCCUCACAAAAGAAUCCCUCCCCCUGUAGUAGUGGUUCUCAAAGUGUUGUCCCUGGACCAGCAACAUCAGCAUCACCUGAGAACUUGUUAGAAAUGCAAAUUCUUAGGUCCCAACCCAGACCUGCUGAAUCAGAAAACCUAGGAGUAGGGCCCAGCUGUUUUUAGGAACCUUCCUGGUGAUUCUGAUGCAUGCUCAAGUUUGAGAACCACUGCCCUCUAAGAGGAUUUCCCUUUCCCCACAGAAAGCCCCCCUGAAAGAUAUCUCAGCAUAUGCCUCUGUGCCCUACUGCCCACCCCCAUUUUCCUGGGAGUCCCCUUUGUGAAGUACCUACCCUCCAGAAGAUUCCUUACCCUCUUUGAAAGGUUUCUGGUUUCUCCACAAGGUUACCCCACCCUCUGAGCAAUUACUUCAUAUUCCGUCUUUGAAUGGUUCCCUUUCAGAUCUUCCUCAGCAUUUUCUCCUUCUGGCUUCCCCUCCACCCCUCCAUACCAUCCCCUUUCUGUGCUUCUGCUUCAAGUUGCUCCCUUCUUGAACACACGUGUCCAUCUCUUAUCCUUAUCUAAUCCUCAUCUAUUCUCCACAUAGGCACCCUUGCCUUAAGGCACCUUCCAGUCUUUUCAUUCUCUGUGUCUUACUGCCCAGAGCCUUCCAUUGUACUUCUUAGAGCACCGCUCAUCUUCUUCCUUGUAGUUUUUCAUGUACUUGUCCACUCACCCUCACUGACCUGGGAGUUUGGAAAGUACCAGGAUGUAACUUGUUCUUUUCUGAAUCCCACAAGCUGGGAUCCUUCCCUCUGUAAGUUAUGAGGAAUCAUUGGCUCAUGGGCAGCUCUUCCUGCAUUUGGUCAGAAAUCUCUGAGUUCCUUACUCUCACUCCCCAUCCAGGUUCAACACAUCUUAUCGCCCCCCCUCCUCUCCUCUCACCUCUUUUAUUCUCUCUACCCAGCUCCUUUUGCCACUCCUCCUAGGAGAGGCUGCCUUCCCCACCCUCUCUCAUCUGGAACUUUUCUUUGUGCUGUUUCCUGAUUCUUAGCUACCCCACGUCCUAUUCCUGGGGAUCUGCCUCACCCCAUCCUAGUUGGCUUCUCAGCCCUCCUCAGCCUUUGUAGGUUUGGGGCCUCCACAGGGCUCUCAACUUUCUCCAAGGGUUUUUGUUUCUCUCUAAGUUUGAGAAGAAUAAACAGAUCACGAGGUAAAUACUGGGGCUGGCCUUCAGGGAGCUCACAGUACAGUAGAGAGGUUGGGCAGGUACACGGGACAGAACGUGAGGUACAAAUUAUAUACUGUGGAAAUUUGGCAGUGAGAGAAGGCACCCUCUAUCUGGAGAGACUUCAUAGAAUAAGUGGUACUUGUUCUGGGUGCUGUUCCACAAGAGUUGGGACAAGGAUGAGUGGCUUUCCAGGCAGAGGAUGCAGCUUAUGCAGUGGGUUAAAGACAAGAAAGACUCUUCAUCUCUAACCCAUGGCAUCUCUUCUCUUCACCUAAAGGACAGAGGUGAAAGAAAACAGAUCUCUUCCAUCUGCAUUGUAUUUGCCAGAUGCACUUUAGUGACCCACAGAGUAAUAAUGUUAAUGACCACUGUUUAUUGAGUAAUUAUUAUCUGCCAGUCACUGUUUAAGUGCUUCACAUGUAUUGUCUCAUCUCAUAUUCACAGGAACUCUAUGAGGUAGGUAAACUGUGAUUAUCCUCAUUUUACAAAGGAUGAAAUUGAGGACAGGUGGCACAAAUAGAAGGUCUCUGGGCUCUGUCCGUCCCGGGAUGAUAGUGUCUGGGGUCAGAGAGUUGGAUUUUCUGUUCAGAUAGGGUUGGGUGCAAUGGGGCAUUGUAGUGUAGUGAUCAAGUAUGCAGACUCUGGGGCCAGACAGGAUUUGCAUCCCACAUCAUUGCUUACCCCCUGUUUUGUGACCUAGGACAAGUUAUUGAACUUCUCUGGUCCUUAGUUUCCAGAGUUGAAAAAUGAAGUCUAGGUGUUUCCGGAAGAGCUGCAGCCUUUGAAGAAACAGUUUUUGACGACGAUAUCAGACCAAAGACUCCUUCCUACUGGGGAGAUGAGGAAGAUUGGGGCACACAUGAACCCAGAUCUGAUUGAUGAGAAGGAACCAGCCAUGUGAUGAUCUGGGGAAGAACAUUUCGGGUAGAGGGGUCAGCCAGUGCAAAACCCCUGAGAUGUGUUCAAGGAACAUCAAGGAGCUCGUGGCUGAAGCAUAAGUGAAGCAGAAGGGGCAAGGGCUUGGAGUGGUUGACAGAGGCCAGAUCAUGUGGGGCCUUGUGGGCUAUGGGAUUGACAGCCAGACCAGUUUGCUCUGUUCAACUGUCCCACUGAGGAUCUAUUGAGGAGCCUGGAGAGGAGUGGCUAGACCAAGACCUCCCCCGAUGUGAGCAGGUGUCCUCCUCCCUGCACCACCCAUUGCCACCACGCCAGGGAACAUCCUCAAGCCCUGGCCCUCAGGGGAGAGGUAACAGGAGCCCGCAGCCGAGACCAUGUGACGGCGCUGGCCCUUGCCACCGCCGUCCCCCCCACCCUGGCCCCAGGCCUGGCACCAUGAUGUUCCGAGACCAGGUGGGCAUCCUCGCUGGCUGGUUCAAGGGCUGGAAUGAGUGUGAACAGACAGUGGCCCUGCUGUCACUUCUGAAGAGGGUCACCCGCACCCAGGCCCGCUUCCUACAGCUCUGCCUGGAGCAUUCACUGGCGGACUGCAAUGACAUUCACCUGCUGGAGUCGGAGGCCAACAGUGCUGCCAUCGUCAGCCAGUGGCAGCAGGAGUCCAAAGAGAAGGUGGUGUCCCUCCUGCUGUCCCACCUACCCCUGCUUCAGCCAGGCAACACAGAGGCCAAGUCGGAGUACAUGAGGCUGCUGCAGAAAGUGCUGGCCUACUCGAUUGAGAGCAAUGCCUUCAUCGAGGAGAGCCGCCAGCUGCUCUCCUAUGCCCUCAUCCACCCGGCCACCACUCUGGAGGACCGCAAUGCGCUGGCCCUCUGGCUGAGUCACUUGGAAGAGCGGCUAGCUAGCGGCUUCCGCACCCGGCCUGAGCCCACCUACCACUCACGCCAGGGCUCGGAUGAGUGGGGUGGCCCUGCAGAGCUGGGCCCUGGGGAGGCAGGACCAGGCUGGCAGGACAAGCCACCCCGGGAAAAUGGACACGUGCCCUUCCACCCACCCAGCUCAGUGCCGCCAGCCAUCAACAGUAUUGGGAGCAACGCAAACGCAGGUCUCCCCUGCCAAAUCCACCCCAGCCCGCUGAAGCGCUCCAUGUCGCUCAUCCCCACGAGCCCCCAGGCCCCUGGUGAGUGGCCGAGUCCAGAGGAGCUUGGGGCCCGGGCUGCUUUCAACACGCCCGACCACGCACCCCUCUCGCCCCAGAGCAGCGUGGCCUCCUCUGGCAGCGAGCAGACGGAGGAGCAGGGCUCCAGCCGGAACACUUUUCAGGAGGACGGCAGUGGCAUGAAAGAUGUGCCCUCGUGGCUUAAGAGCCUCCGCUUGCACAAGUACGCGGCCCUCUUCUCACAGAUGAGCUAUGAGGAGAUGAUGACACUGACUGAGCAGCACCUGGAGUCUCAGAAUGUCACCAAAGGUGCCCGCCACAAGAUAGCCCUGAGCAUCCAGAAGCUGCGCGAGAGGCAGAGUGUCCUCAAAUCCCUGGAGAAGGAUGUGCUGGAAGGCGGGAAUCUGCGAAACGCUCUGCAGGAGCUGCAGCAGAUCAUCAUCACCCCCAUCAAGGCCUACAGUGUCCUUCAGGCCACUGUGGCUGCCGCCACCGCCACCACCUCUACUGCCAAGGACGGGGGCCGGGGGGAGCUGCCACUGCCAGGUGCGGAGCCUCCCCUGGCUCACCCUGGCACAGACAAGGGCAGUGAGGCCAAGGACCCUCCAGCUGCAGAGGGCUACCCCCCUCCACCAGCUCCAGCUCCCACUGAUGGCAGUGAGCCAGCCCCGGCUCCCGUCGCUGAUGGAGACAUCCCCAGUCAGUUUACACGGGUGAUGGGCAAAGUGUGCACCCAGCUGCUGGUGUCCCGACCAGACGAGGAGAACAUCACCAGUUACCUCCAGCUCAUCGAAAAGUGCCUGACUCAUGAGGCUUUCACGGAAACGCAGAAGAAACGGCUGCUGUCCUGGAAACAGCAAGUGCUGAAGCUCCUCCGGACCUUCCCGCGCAAAGCCGCACUAGAGAUGCAGAACUACCGGCAGCAGAAAGGCUGGGCAUUCGGCUCCAACUCACUCCCCAUAGCUGGCUCUGUGGGGAUGGGGGUGGCCCGGCGGACCCAGCGGCAGUUCCCAAUGCCUCCCCGGGCCCUUCCGCCUGGCAGAAUGGGCCUUCUGAGCCCCUCGGGCAUUGGGGGCAUCUCCCCUCGACAUGCCCUCACCAGCCCCAGCCUUGGGGGCCAGGGCCGACAGAACCUGUGGUUCGCCAACCCUGGAGGCAGCAACAGCAUGCCCAGCCAGAGCCGCAGCUCUGUGCAACGGACCCACUCGCUCCCGGUCCACUCGUCCCCCCAGGCCAUUCUCAUGUUCCCUCCAGACUGCCCGGUCCCUGGGCCUGACCUGGAGAUCAAUCCCACUCUGGAGUCUCUGUGUCUGAGCAUGACAGAACACGCCUUGGGUGAUGGGACAGACAAAACCUCCACCAUCUGACGGGACCCACAGCCCAGCGCACCCAUAGGCUCCCCGGGCGGCGGGCGGGGGCCAACCCCCAACGGGCUUCUCCGCGACAGCGAGAGGGUGGGCUGGCUCAGCUAUACAUUCUAAUAUUUUUCUACUCUCUCACCCUUUUAACUUUUGUUUAACAUUGGCACACGCCUUGCUCACUCCCAGGCCCGUCGAGGGAUCUCUGCUGAGGCCCAGGGAGGUAGGGGGCAGCCAGGAUAAAGGGGGCAGGGACUGGCCAGCCUGCCUGCCCCCUCCUUCCCUCCUUCAUCCCCCACCUGGCCCCGUCCCACCCCUGCCUCCUCCAGACUGCCGGCCACCUGCCCCUCCCAAGGAAACAGUCUCCCCCAGAGACUCACUGACCCACUAUCUUGUGGGGCCUGCUCAGAACCAUCUGACAUUUGGGGAGAGAUGAGUGAGGUAGAUAAUCUGCUCUCCUGAACGUUAUUUGAGAGGAGCUGAGGAGAUAAAGGCGGGUGAGGAGCGUGUCUGUCUUGGCGCGCUCUCUGUCUCUCUCUCUCCCUCCCCCCGCCCCUCACCUCCUUGCCGCAGCCUUCUCCUUCCCCAUUCCCAUCAUUCCCCAAGGACAGGAGCCACUCUCCUCUCCCUCACCUCCUUUUGCCCUGUUUAUCAGAGGUUCUCUGCAAUUAAUUUCUUAGGCCUAUUUAAGAUACAUAUUUAUAUAGUUCUUAACGGUUUUUCUCUCUGAUCAUUCCCUCUCAUUUUUAGAACCCCCAGGCCUCUCUCUGAGCCAAGAAAGUGGCAGGGGGAGCCUGAAUUUUACGAGGGGAGAGGGCAGAGCCCUCUCCUCCAGACCCCUCUAGCCCUUCCCCACUUGCCCCCAGCCCUGGCUCCCCAGAUGCAGAGGUUGAAGGCUGGGAGCCAGGGCAGCCAGUGAGGUCAGGAAGUCUGUUGCCUUAACGUCUCCUUCCCCCACCGAAACAAAUCCUUCUCCACUCCCAGGUCUGGUUGCUGAAAGACUUGGGGGUAAGGAAUAAGGGAAAGGGGAUGGUUUUUGGUUUCUUUCCCCACCCCCAUCCCCUUUUCUUUCACCCUUAUCCCACCCCCACCCCCCAUUCUGUCAUGACCUCACUUAAGUGGAACACUAUAUCAUAAGCCAGAGAUUCGUCCCAGUCCCAGAGUCAUACAGACCCUCUGAUCCCUGUUCCUCCUGAGGGGUUGUGCUGGGGCCCAGGUGGAGGGAGGGGAUUUGGGGGUUCAGGCUGUAGGGAAGCCAGGGUCCUCUAUUCCAACCCCUUGUCCCCCUCAACCGGCACCCCCCAUUGGGACAUUCUCAAGCUUUUCACACCGAAAAGGAAAAAAUGUUAUUUUUAGAUACAUUUUAUGAAUAACUUUUGUUAUGAAUAUGGCUGGUAACCAUUGUGUAUGUUAUUAAAGAUACAAAACGUUGGGAAAAAAAAAAAACCAAAAAAAAAAAAAUUUUAAAACCACCACCCUCCCUGCACUCACCCAUUCCCCAGACCUUCUUGCCUCUGCUCUCCUGGUCUGGACCUCCCUCAACUCUGAGCCCAGGGAGAGGGAGGAAGCCAGGGGGUGGGGUGGCCCUGGGGACCUGCUCUAGGUCCCCACCUCCUCUCCCAGUGCCGGGCUGGGUAGGGUGUCAGGUUUAUUUAUGUACCUCUUGCACACUCAUCAACCUAUGCAAGUCCCCCACCCCGGCCCCUCCAUGUUUCUGUGCCUUUGCUCAUUCCCCUCCAACUCCCAGGGCUUCUCCAAUCCUCUCCUAGCCCGGGGAAGUGGGAUGGACAGGGGCCACCUCGUUUUGGAAUCAGCAGGGUGUUCCUCUUAGAGACCCUCACCUCUUCCCAGCCAGUCCUGUCUUGUUCACUACCCAUAAGGGUGAGCUGGGUCUUCCUGGCCCUGGGAGGCGGUGAGGGACACCCCCAUACACAGUGGGAGGCAAGAGUUGCCCCCCUCCCCCCACCUGUCAGCAGAGUGUGCAGGACGCAGGCGGCCCCACUCUGAUGGGCAGGACCCUGAUCCACUCCCGACCCUCCCCGGCCCCUGCCCCUCCACCAUGAUUUCACUCUCCCUUCUAUUCCCAGCCCCACCGGCAGAAUCAGCUUUGAGUAACUGUACAGUUUUUCUCGCUGUUGGAGAAGACUUAUUUGUUGGAGUUUCACUUGUUUAAUGGUCUGGGCUUAUUUUGGAAAAAAAAAAA